AUGUUAACAAAUAGUAGUACAGACUAUAUUCUCGAAAAUACUUUGAAAGAAAUCUUGUCUGAUGUAAUUGUUUUGUAUUUAAAUUAAAGAUGCUUUAAUUACUUGAGUAGAAUAUAAGAUCAGAAGUAGAGUUGCAACACAUACAAGAUCAACUAUAGGAUUAUGAAAAUUUAUAAUAAUUAGCAGAAACAAUGAAGUUUAUCUUUCAAGCUUUAAAAAAGAAAUUUAAAGAUAAUAAUUAUUCAUAGAAAUUUUUCAAAUGUGAACCAAAAACAUAAAAUUAUGAGAAAUUAGAAUAAGCAGUACAAAAAUAUGAAUAAGAAAUAAGAAUACACAUUAGAGUAUGAUUAAUUGGUAUAUAAAUUUAGUUAGGCUUAACAUGAGAUGAAAAUAUUCAUUGAAACAAUUUAAUAAUAAUUAGAAGAAUCUGAAUAAAUUAGAAAAGAAUAUCUUAAAGAAACAACUUAAAUGAUAUAAGUAAUAUAUGAUUUUAAUUAUUUAGAAACUAAAAAAAGAGAAUUAUAAUUUGAUUCAAUAAUUGAAGUAUUAUACUUAAACAUAUAAAUAAUAAACUGCAUUAAAUUCCAGAAGGGAUAGUACAUAAACUAUAAAUUAAACAUUAUAAAAAUAGACAUCAAAAUCAAAUCAUUUAGGCAAUGAAUCAGGAAAAUAAGAGUAAUUCAAUAAUAGUUAAAUAAUGAAACUGCAAUAGACUUAAAACAAUAGUUUAAAUGAAUUAUUAAAAAAUAAAGAGUCCUAAAAAUCCUUAACUUAGCGACCCCUUAUAUCAAAGUAAUAAUUCAUAUUCAUAAUAUUAAGUCGAAAUAAAAGUUAUUCUGUAGGAAUAAGCAAAUAGAACUUAAUUAAUAGUAGCUUAAUUUAAAAAUUGAUAUAGGAAUAAACAUCAAAAAGAAAGAGUUUACAUGCAGAAAGUCAUAGAUCUAAAGGAUGUUGAGAUUUAAAAGAAAUUAUCUAAUAAUUGAAAAUAUUAAUCAUAAAUUUUAUUAUUUUUUAAUGGAAUAAAUAAUUUAGAAUGAUAAUUUAGUGUUGUUACAAUAAAAAAUAUUAAGCUAUCCAAAAACUAAUGAGGAUCUUAAAGUACUUCUAUUCUAUAUAUUAAGACAAUGGCAACAAUAAUAAAAGUCACAUAAAUUUUCAACAAAUUGAAUGAUAUCUAUCACCAACAAUUAUCACAAGAAGGAUAAAUCAAAGUAAAUUGAUAUGAUAUAUAAAAGCUUUGUAAUUAUAUAGAACUUACAAGUUAUUAACUUGGUGAUUAAGUGUUACCAAGUCAGAAAUUUGCAGUAUAACUAAUUGUAAAAGGAUAAGUUGAAGUUUAUUAUUUGGAAGAAGGUUAUAUCUAUAAAAAUGAAAAAUAUCUCACAACAUUAGAUCCGUUAUUUUAUAUUGAAGAGGACUUUUAAUUCGAUAAAAUUAAAUAUUAGCAAAAUCAACUUAUAUAUAAAGUAGCAAUCAAUAAUUCAAUUUUACUGAUGAUUGAUAAAAAAGAAUGUGAUGAAAUUUUUAAAUAUUAUGGAGAAAUAUUUUUGUUUAAACACAAAACUUUAUGUAAAAUAAUACCAGGUUUAGGUGAAUUGAAUUCUAAACGAAUAUUGGAGUCUCUGACCAAUUAAUUUGAAAAUAUUAUUCUUCCUCAUAACACUUAUAUUACUGAGUAUUAUAUACAAUUUAUUUAUUUAAGGGAAAAUCAAUUAGGAGAAAAUCUCUUUUUUUUAGCAUAAGGUCAUAUUUCAUUUCAGAAGAAUAAAGAACACUUAUUUAAUAUAGAAGAGAAUGGAAUAAUUGGAGAUGAAUUAUUAAUUGAUCCUGAUUAAGAUUAAAAUAGUGUUUAAACUUAUUACUAUACUGUAAUUGCUAAGUCAGCAUAAGUUCUACUAUAUAAAAUUAAACUUAAGAUCUUUACACGUCUCUUUCCAAAUUCAAUUAUUAGAUAAAUUAUUGUUUAAUAUAAAUGUAAUAAACUUUUAUGAUUUAUAGAAAAAUAAUUGAUGAGACUUCUUGUAGGAAGUAAACCUAUUGAUCAUAAAAAAUGUAAUACUUCACCAAAUAAUCAAAUUAAAAAAUCUAAAUCUACUUUAAUUUUAACUAAAGAUUCAAUAAAAGCUUAUGAUAAUGUAGACAUAGUAUUCUAAUAAUAUUAAGUAUAAAUCCUAAAUCUAUUAGGUACCUAAACAUAGUAGAGUAUUAAAAUUUAAUAACAAUUUGUUGGAUAAAUUCAAUAAAAAAUAUAAAAAAACAGGAAAAAAAAUUACAAUUAAUGAAUUUGUGUAAUAAACAAAAUAAAGUGAUGAACCUUAAAUGAAAUUAUUAGAAAGAGUUGAGAAUCCAUAUAAUUUUGCCUCAAAUGUUAAUACAGAAGGAUUUCUAAAGAAAUAUUAUUCAAAUCUAAUUAGAAUUGGAUUAGUAAAACCUCCUUUAAGAAUAGCUCCUUAAAAUUAAGAAGCUAUUCAAAGGUCAAGAGUAAUUUCAGCUAUGAAAUUAAUUGAACAUACUCAUGAUUAAUUGAAACCAAAAAGAGCUACAAGUGCUGCCUUCGGAAAAGUAGAUCCUUUACUUACAAUCAAUGCUUUAGUGUCUACUAAAGAGAGUGAUAUGAAUGUUAGUGCUUAAAAGCAUUUUGAAAAGAAUAAAACAAUGACUACUUUCAAUCCAACACCUAGAACAUAAUCAUAACCAUAAUUAGGCUAUCAUAAUAAUGUCACUCCUAGGUAUUCGUCUGUGAUAGAAACACCUAAAUGUGAUACUCCAUAAUCAAGAUCAACAAUGGCAAAAUCCUCAUAACUGGUUUUUAGACCAUAUUCUGGAUUCAUGGAUCAUACUUCACGUUUGUCCUAAUAAUCAGAAAUAAAUAAAAGAUUAAAGAAGCCAAAUCAACAUAUUUUUUGA